GUUACCCCCCGCAGUGUCAGUUGUCUUAAGUGAAUACUUUGUAUUCUCUGUUCAAACCGGGAAGGUAACUGUCGACUUGAUUUGUCACGUACUGUAUGUGCUGUAGAUAUGGAUCAAACUUUUCCUCGUCACAACUCGAGUUAUAAGGACCGGUAUGACAUCAGGUGUCAGCAUCAGCCGUCUAGCUAGACCGGAGCUUCUUAGUUACCGUGUCACUCCUGUAUCGUACUUGAUUCAUUUUAAAAUGCUAACUGAAUGGAUACUACAUGUACUUAGGAAGUCAGCUGUUGAAGUGUUCAUAAAUGCAUUAUUUCACACCACAAGACACAGUAAAAACCACUGUCACAUGCAGAAUUUCUUCCACUCGUGAAACUGUCUGAUAGUUACUAGAUAUUCAUGCUUAAGUAUAUGAACAUUGAAGAGUGAGGAGGUAAUCGAGAUUGAGAGAGCUAGUGAUUCGUGUAAACUCCAAUGAACUAAAUUUACUUACAAACUGGCAUCCUGCUUUCAUCAGCUUUACUUUUGAAAUUUUUCCAGUCUCAGGUAUGUUAAUAUUACAGAAUUUACCACUAUGACUCACACUGAAAUAAAACCUCAGGCGUGAAACAUAUACACAUAUUGUUAAGUUCAGCAAUUUCUCUUCCGAAUUAGGGGGCAUGAUUCAUCCAAACUAGUGCAUUUUCACUCCUGACAGUAACAUAUGCAAGUGAAUUUAAUUUGAAUGUACACAUGUAGCUGUUGUCAAGAAUCAGCAACAUAUAAGUUUGAAUGUUUAAAGUGCUGCUUUAGCCCUAAGUGAGGCUAGGCAGAAGUAUGAAAAUGAUGUGAAGGAUGCCCUAGGGAACAGAGCCAACACCAUGGUUCAAAAAGAACUUUCCUUAACUCAGUGUCUUCUCAACCACAUUUACAUAUAUGGAAUAAUCUGGAGCAAUGAAUAAAUUUGGCUUGUACAAGGGAAAAGGUUCAGACCAGUAAUGCAUGUGCAUUUAGAUAGCACAGACAAUAACACAAUGGAUAGAGGGAGCAAAUUCUACUUUGUUUUAAAGUAUAGAUUGCAUUUAAACAUGUACAUUUAAUAUAUACAUGUAUUCUAGUCUUAAUAGGACCUCUCUGCCUCAGGGGAAUGUUUUGAUGUGAGAACUAUGGGAGCAUAUGCAAGUAACUUCCAGGCAGAUGCGGAGGGCUCAGUGGCUUCUUUUACAAACCCAGACGAACCCAACUGGAUCACAACCCAUGCUAUAGCAACAGAAUUAUAUGUUUUCAGUGGCUAUUCCUGAGGUUGAGAGGCUGUGGCAGAGGUUUCAGCAGCUGGGAUGUGACCAGAAUGGAGUGUUGUCCCUUACUGAGCCCCUCCCACCCCACAUUGAGGAGGAUGCUUUUGUGAGAAAUAUUUUAAAGUCAAUGAAGAGUCAAGGUGGUCAUGUUAGCUUCCAGUCUUUCUUGAUGGCCUUGAAAUGGAUUGAGUGUGAAAGUGUGGAGAAGAAAAUGAGGGCAACUUUCCAUCUUCUGAACAAUGGUGAUCCCUUGGAUCGAAGCCUGUUGGCAAAGAUCUUGAAGAGAGUGUAUCCAGAGGAUAGUGACGCUACCAUUUCUAGACUGGCUGACGUUUUUUUGAGAGAAAUGGAUACAUCCAGAAGAGGUUAUAUUAGUGAGGAUGAGUUUAUUGACUGGGUGAAGAAAAUGCCACAGGAGACAAUAACUCAGCUGAUGGACUUUCAUAUCCUGCCCUAUGACAUCAGCCACCAAGCCAGUGAACAGCUGUCAGAGUUUAGGGACUCCAAACACUCCAACAGUAGACUGGGGCCAUCCAGCCCUAGCAACAGAGUUAUUCCCCCUGACAAGGUACUGGCACAGGUAUCUGAGAGGAUCUGUCAGAGAGACUGGGUUCUGGUGGGGAAUAAGCUAGGUUUACAGCAGAAGAGUAUGGAUGAGAUUAUCAGCAGGUUUGCAGGAGAGCGUCAACAACAGGCGUACCACAUGCUGCUGGAAUGGAAGCGUCAGUAUGGAGAGCUGGCAUAUACCAGUACUUUGGACAAGGUGUUGCGCUCUUCCUCAAUGACUGAUGUAGCUCUUUUACUUACUUCCUAGUUACUGACUACUGCAGAUCAACUCCCAGUUGCAGAGUCAAUGGAUACACCAAAGGAUCUCUACAUUAGUAGUCCGAUUAUACAGAGCUGAAUACAUACAGUAUAAUUAGUAUGACAUUGUCGUAUUCAUCUAGUAGGGUGAAGGUAGGACCAGUUAUAAAUGGUAACAUUUGUGUCAUUUAACAGCAUUCAGAUGAAAGUCAGGUUGGAGCUAGGUUAAAUGGAGCAUGUUGAUAUGAGAUAGUAGUACAUGUAGACUUAUGGUAUCAAGAUAUGUACAUGUACUACAGUAUGUAAGCUGCCUACAUGUAAAUCCUUAGUUUGUCAUGAAGUUGUAAAAUAGACCAUUCUUACAAUCUAGGUGAUACUGUUUAUGUUGGAUUUUUCAAGAUUUUUUUUUUAUUAGUUCGUUGACAAAAUAACACAAAGCCUUUUCAUGCUGUGAUAUGUGUGCAUGUAAUGUAAACAUGGGUAUGGUUUAUUAUUGGAAUGAUAAUAGUAGAUUUUCAGGGAGUGGGGUAUAAAAGUUGUUUGUUUUACUAGUGAAUAUUACUUGUACUUGUUGAAUACUAGCUGGAUUUCUUAAAAUACUCAAUGAAAAUAGAUUUAAUGCAUAUAUACAGCAUGUACUACAGAUUGUUUUCCAGUAGACGUUACUGUUAUUAUAUUUCUUGAAUUUUUAGACUUCAUUCACAUAUAAUAGACUUGGUAUAUAUGACCUUGUACUGAGAUACACGACCAUUUUUGCAUGUAUACCCAUAUUUGACAGCUUGUUAGUGUUUUGAAAGAUGCUGCUGUUCUUGAAAUUGAAAUUUGGCCAAAUUGUUAGAAAUUUUUGAAGCAUAUUUGGAUGUUUGCUGAUCUACUGAGAAUUUGUGCGUUUGUUGUGUAACUAACGUUUUGUUCUUUAGUAGCCUAUACCAGGAUGUAGAUGGAUAUAAAUGUAGUUGCCUUGCUGAAGUGUGUGUGAUGAUCAUUGUCAGUAUAGUAUUUUAAAAUGUUUACAUGAGUUAUAUUGAGUAUGCCUCCUGUUUUAGCAUUGACUGUGAUAGCCAUUUACUACUGGUAAUUGUGAUCUGCUUGUCCCAGAUCUUCUUCAAUUCUUGUUAUGUUCUUUCCGUUUUGUCAGUUUUACACUACUGGUUCUACGCACAUGACCAAAUGAAUCACAAAGUGAUAAAAUUUAUCAUUGAUUAUACGUAUACUAUUAUGUUUAAUUGUUUUCUAAUCUUUCAUAUUUUAUUACUUUUUUAUUGAUCAUGCUUAUGUAAAAGUGCCAAGAAAUGUUAAAAAUGGCAAUUUGUCCUUUGUUAGUCAGCUUUUUUCUAAUAUGUCAUUUCUUUCUUGUGUAUAAUUUACUUUUUAGCACAAUAAAAGUAGUCA